AUGUCCGAAGGCCUCAUCUGUUGCACCGCUGCGCGGCCGGUCCGGUGGUUCACCUGGGAGGAUCCCUCCGAGACCGAGGCGCAGACCUUCGGUGAGGCCGUCCGCGGCUUGAUGGCACAGGCCCAGGCCAUGGGAGCGAAUGGAGUCCUGGGCGUGAAAUGGAUGCACGACGACAAUCGAUUUGUCUCCCAAGCGGUGGGCACCGCGGUCGUUCUUGGCAAGGAGCCCGGCAGCAGGAUUUUCGCCGAGCUUCCUCCUCCGGUACCGGCUGUUUGCUCCACGCUGCGGAGCCCUCCUGAAGGCUUCGCCAUCUCUUCGGUGUUGGGCGUUGUGGCCGCGGCAGCCCUAAGUCCGUACCGGGACUAUGGCCGCGGGGGAUACUCGCAGUAUAACCAGAGUAACCAGAGGACUGCCGCGGGUGAGCUCGCUGCACUCCAGCAGGCGACGGCCAAACUGCAGGCUGCCGCCACCUCCUUGGGAGCCCAUGGCGUCCUCGGAGUGAAGAUCGAGGCCCUGAGCGUGUGGAACUGCUCCCGCUUCAUGUGCGUGCUGAAGGGCACUGCCGUACGCCUCUCGCAGUUCCAGGAGGCGGUGGAUCAGAUCCCGUUUCUUGGCCUUCGCUUUGGUUGGCUUGCGUCGCGGUUGCCGAUAGCAGCAGCUUCCGGAGGCAGAAGGGAUCAGGGCAUCUUGGUGUCUCGUGAGAGGAAAUGUGAGAUGCUUCGCUCCUGCUGCUUCAUCCAGACAGGGCACGGACGAGAUGGAAACUAG